CCUUGACUAAGUCAUAGGUUAUCAUCAGGUGGGGACUGUGAUUAACAGAUUUGCCAGGUGUUCGUAAUUGGCUAAUGUGCUGGUAGCACCCAGGUGAGCAAUUCGUGUUUGUAAAAGCCUACUGACAAAUCGGCACUCGAAAAUCUUGUUUUCGGCAGUUGUCAAACUGUCCGGGAUUUUGUCGUUGCCUUUACCAUGGUGCGAGCAGGUUUGUUGAUGUACUUUGUGGUUUGGUGCUGGGCCCCAUAUUUUGUAGUUGAAGCUGGUAUGCAGUACAAUUGGGGCGUCCAAAAUGUCAGAGGUAUUUUCCACUUCCCGGAGCAGAAGCACUUCAAGAGCGCACCAAUUCAUGAGGUGACCUGGCCGGGUACAGCGAAGGAUAGACCCGAGCCUCCACAAUCAACUCCACCGCCCUUUGCUCUACCUAUGUUUUGGCAUGCUCCAGCUCCAUUGGCGAGUGCUGCGCUUUUUAAACCAGUCGCCGGAAAGCACCCCUUGCCAUACUCUCUUAAAGACAUUUUGCUGCCACAUAGGUACAAGCCCCUAAGUACACAAGUUCGGCUCUCCCAAGAACUUGAUAUCCCAAGGGUGGAGGUAUCAUGUGGAUCCAACAUGGUCGGGGUGCGCGUUAACAGGAGAUAUCUUGAAUUCAACGCAGAGCCAUCUAAAUUCCGCUUGGGAACGUGUGCUGCCACGUUCGUCACAAAAGAAUAUGUCUAUUUCCAGUAUUCCCUCGACGAAUGCGGUAGUAUAUCAGAGACCGUUAAGGGGAAACUGGUGUAUUCCAACACGCUUACAUACUCCCCGGGACCACAACAAGGAGUAUUGCGAGUUGUGCCCCUAUCGGUCCCUAUACAUUGCCAAUACAAUAGAUUCCACUAUUCGUAUAAGGUUGGAUACUUGCCGGAGGUGAACGACCGGAUAUUUUUGAAGAGUUUGAAGACCAGGCGCACUUUUAACUUGACCACGCUGAACGCCCAAUGGGAACAUCUUGAUGUGGGUGAAAAAUAUGUGUUGGGCGAGCCCAUGUACUUUGAAGUGUCCACGCAGCACCUCUCCAAAGACCAGUGGGUGUUUGUGGACUCUUGUCAUGUAACAGCGUCGCAGGAUUCCAAUUCCAUGCCUCGUCAAGAUGUCAUUCGUAAUUUUGGGUGUCUGGUGGACAGCAAGAGGAAUGAGAGCCGGUCGCGGUUUUACUCCAGAGAUUCCAAUAAUCUUCGCUUCUCAAUAGAUACUUUCCUGUUUCCAGAUGUUACAAUAGAGCUUCUCUAUCUGCACUGUUCCGUGAGGGUGGGGAGCAAGGACCCGACAGCGACUGCCAAAUCGUGUACCUACAACAGCGAAUCAGAGAGUUGGGAAGAGCUGCAUGGCUCUAACUGUGUUUGUUCCUGCUGCGAGACCAAGUGUGAGCACAGUGCAACAUCCAUACCCUCAGAAGUGAAGACUUUGAUCACAAGUGACCCCUGGGGAGUGAAAAAGCGCUCAUCCUCACUGCCCGAAGUAGAGGAGGUAGAGGGGGAUGGUGAGACUUGGCCCAUAGAAAAGUCGAGAGGCUUUGGUUCUAUCCAAGAGAUGGAGGACAUUUGGAUAGAGGAACCGGACAAAGUUGCGUCAAACCAAAUGGAAAGUGGACUUGUGGGCAAAGAUGGUUAAGGCGUUGAACAAAAGUAGCAAUCAUCUGAGACGAAUGAUGGGCCUGAAAGUUUAAUGCAGAAUUUCCCUCAACCUUCUCAUUAUUACUCAGAUUUAGGUUUGAAUGUUUUCUGUGAAAUGUGAAUGUAUUCUUUCACCUCCGUCAAAAUGUCUUGAUCAUUAAAUAUUUGAUUCUCCACCUUCUUUUUA